AUGUACCCAUGCCCUUGUUUGUUUAUUAAAGAUGGUGUUUUUUUUGUUGUAGGCAAGAAACAGGAAAUAAAAGAACAGGAAGUAUUUGUUGAUGAGGGACCAAAAUACACAAAAGAGCAACUUCAUUCUCUUGUCGAGAAAGUUAAAGCAUUUACUGUGUUAUAUGGUCUUUCUGCAUCAAACUGGUCAGAGGAGGUGUACAGUGUGAUAGAAAAAUUUUUCACAGAGAAGUCUGAAGAUGUGCUCAGCAUCUAUUUUCAUGGGACAACUCUCUGUGCCAGCUUAGGAUAUCCGAACUUUCGUGUUCGUGAUCUUACUUAUUUUGUGAAAGAUACAGCGAGUGAGAUUUCACCAGAAAACUUUUUUGAAAGUGUCACAUUUGGUACCAUAAAUAAUGGAAUUGAACUGUCAAUGUUGAAUAUAGUUGGCAAAAUAUAUGCUCCCCCAUUCUUUACUGCAACUGCAUGGCCAGAUAGUAUCCUUUGACUAUGCUCAUGUGUCAAAAAUGACCUCAGCUCUCACUUGCAUGCUUUUCUUGCUGAUUUGACUGAAUUGCACUAUAAAAUGAUGGGCCUCACAGUCAUUUACAUACCAACUGAAGGAUCUGAUAUUGACGUGGAGACAGCCAGCAAGGAUAAAGAACUAAUUAAGAGGUUAGAAGGUGUGGUCAUGCACUGGAGCCGACAGAUACGUGUUGCCUUGGGUGACCAAAACCAAGUUUCUCCAACAGAGCAACUAUGCCCAAAAGAUGAAUUCCAGUUCUGGAUAUAUCGAUACAAAAAUCUUCUUGGAUUGGACUACCAGCUUCAAAACAAAAAUGUAAAGCAUACUAUAGAGAUAUUAAUGACCUCUCAAUGUACUUACAUCAGUCAGUUCAUGUCAGUGAUGGGGGAAAUAACGAAAGCUAUAAUGGAAGCAAAAUCAAAUAUUGAGUUCCUUCAGAUUUUGAACAAACCAUGUGAAGAACUGGAUGAAUUAGACUCUCCUGGUUUAGUCCCACUUCAUUUGCCACAUAUCUUGAAUUUGAUCCGUGUGAUUUGGAUGAGAUCCCCAUUUUACAAUACAAGGGGGAAGAUUACAGGUCUGUGCCGUGCUCUGAGCAAUCAGAUAAUUAUUAAAUGCCAGCGUUCAGUAAACCUGGAUGAAAUAUUCUCAGGAUAUACUAGAAAAGGAAUUAAAACGUUAGAGGCCUGCAUCUCAUGCUGUGUAAAGUACAGAUUUAUUUACGAAAAAAUUGCUGAGGCCCACACGGAAUAUUCUAAAUGCCAGUGGGAUUUAGAUAAAGCAUCAAUAUUCAAUCAUGUUGAUUCAUUCACCCAAAGAUGCCGAGACAUGGUGGAAGUAUGUGAAGCCAUGCGAGUCUUUGCGAGGAUGGAUGAGACAGAAGUAAUACCAAGACCUAUGUUUGGAGGGACAGAAGGUCCUGAGUUUGAAGCCACAUGUGAUAAAGUUGAGAGCACUUUCCGCUGUAGUCUCCAGGCAAUACAGGAUGUAAAACAUACAAUAUUGGAAGUGCAGGCAACAUCAUGGUACAGUGAUAUUAUCAGGUUCAGAAAUCAAGUAAAAGAGCUUGAAGUUAUCUUAGAAAAUUUAGUAAUCAAAGUUUUUGAAACCAUCAAGAAUGUUGAGGAAGGUAUUGAGGCAUUGCAAGGAUUUUACCAUUAUUACAAACGACCAGCCCUCAAACAGUUAUUUGAAAAGAAGACAGCAGAGAUACGAGUAGAAUUCUGUCGAUCAGAUACUGUAGUCAUAUUGUCCCGUGAUAAAAAGAAUAACUAUAUCAUGUCAAGCUUAAGAAAAUAUAAGUCUUAUCAUGUGACUGCUUCUAGCAAUAAACUAAUUAUCUAUUGCGUAAAUGAUGGGACAAAGAAUCUAAUAUUGUAUGAUUAUAACAUUGAUGGUGCAAUUCUGAAGCCUGUAUGUUGUAUGCAUAAUUGGGAUAAUACCAGGGUUGGUUUAAUCUUUUCUUGGCCCAUAGCACUGAUAAACAGCAAGACGUUGUCGUUAUCCUCUAUCAAGGCUUAUCUUUUGGAUGGAACUUGGUUAUUAAGAAAUGGUACAUUUUUCCCAUGCCAAAAAUUCCUUGAAUUCCAUGACCACAAAUUAGGGAUUGUUAUCUGCAAUAACUAUCUCAGUUCAGUAUUGCAAUAUUGCAGUCUUGAUGCAGUGAUCCACAAAGGUUCACAGCAACCAAAUCCCAUAACCUCUAAGAAAUGUAGUACACAAUUGUGUACCUAUAUUCACAGUGUCCACUUUUACUCUCUGCCAAACCUUACAAUUUAUAAAAGAUCCUUAAUCCUUUUAACAUAUUGUGAAUUGUUGGUGUUUCGACAAAUUCAUAUUAAUAUUGGAGUUCAAACAGACAAAAUAGCAAAUAGUGUUAUUAUCUGUAAAAGAGUUUCACCUUAUUACUCAGCCUCUAACAAGAGCAUUUACACGAGAGAACUGCCCCAGGUGGCGGUAAAAGAAUUUUGUUUUCCAAUCACUACCAUGCAGAGUGUGGGCCCUAUAGGCAAUAGUUCCCUAGCAACCUCAUGUGAAUCUCCUGGUACUGAACACAAUAUAACUGACAACUGUCCUCCCAGCUCUGCUGUCACCUACCUUGACAUAAUAGCUUCAGCUCUUUUGUUCAUCUCACAUCUUAUUUCAAAUCCAUUUGGCAUCUGUUCCUUUCGUUUAAGUGCACAAAAAUAUCAGAAAGAUGUGUCAACUCAGAUUCCCAUUCAUCAUCUACAAUUAAAUCUGCAUACUAAUGCCCUCAGUAGUAAAAAAUCCAAGUCAUCUUUUCAAUGGUCAGUUCAUAAGUUAGGAUUUACUUCACAUACUUUACCCAUGAAUCCUUUCACUUGCUCUGUCAUAGAAGCAGCUCUGUCUGUGCAGACACUAAUGCAAUCCUCCCAAUUCUUUGCAAAAAAAGAAGUAGCUUUCAAUUACAUCACCAUCACCAUACCCUAUGUAGGAGAGAAGUUGUGCAUAACUGCCAAUGUCAGUGGGACAGUCAAUCCAACCCAUUACAAGAGAGGACUGUUUUUUCACAAAUGUCAUUUCACUUUAGUGGGUGCACCAGCAUUACUGAGUUUUUCACCACAGACAACACACUCGGGCUUGAUAGUUUCCCUACUUGCAGUCACGUGUGGACCACUCUGUACAUUCAACUUACCCAUAUUGGGCGGGGGAUGGUUUAACAAUACUGUAACUGAAAAGACUGUAAUAUGUAAAUGUUCACAUCACACCCUUCACUUUGUGUUGGCACACCAGUGUGUCAUGGCCCUCUGGUUGCAGAACACUGUGCUAGGCAGUACAGUUUUGGGUUCUAUUCCCAGUCUGUCAUACAAUUUUGGUCUGACAGGAAGUUGCUUAGCAUCUAUCCAUGAUUGUUACAUAAAGUACAUGAAUGAUCAGAAACUGGGAGAAGAAUGUAAGAAACUUGUAAGCGAGAAUUUGGAAAUUCAAAAUGUCUAUAACCUUUUUGUAGAUGAUAUGCUAGUUGCUAAAAAGAGGAUGGUGUCGAAUGAAUACAAUAUUCCUGCUUGUUAUGCAUACUUCUCUGGCCGGGCACUGAUGUACAGGAUGACAAAGAAACGACUUGAUCGCUUAAUGAAGUAUGAAUUGAUAUUAGCUAUUAUGAUGAAGCAUAACAAGGUAUCUGCUUCUACUAGGUAUGACUUUAACCAAUUGCCUGCAAUAUAUACCCUCAGGAAAAAUGAUCUGCACAGACAACAAGUGUCCUUUUGUAAUUUUCAGUUACUGGAUGAUGCUGAGUGGAUGAUACCUUGUGCAAUUGGUGAAAAGACACACUCACAGUAUGAAAGCAUAGUGAAAUGGACAGAAAAUCAAGUGAAAGAUCUUUAUCACAAAUGGAUUGAUACACUAGAUGAAGAUGUCAAUGCUAGGCUGUGUCGACCUCUGAUGUGCCACAAAGACCAACGCCUUGGGCUGUACGGCCACAAAAUGUACAAGCUAAUAUGGUGUCAGGCCUCUAUGGUUUUGAAUACAAGCAUAAAUACGUGUGGUGUGGAGUUGUACAGGUCCCAGAUGUUGUACUGUGAGACUCCAUCCCAUGCCGUUUAUACGAAAGCACGCAGAUUCUGCAGAGUGACAGGUGGAGUUCGAAGUCCUGAUGACAUGCUCCAUGGCAUCCUAGACAUUCUCAUCAGUUGGAUGGCGUUGAACAUUUUUUUAAAAAUUGCUAACAACUUUUUGAUUAAUUACUUUUCAGAAGAAUUGCUUUUCAGAAGAAAGAUUAAGGAAAGGAAACUGUCUGUUCUUUCUUUAAGAAUGUAUUUUCUCAUCUUCUCCUACAUUUUGAAGACACCUAAGAAUGACGCAUGUCUUCCACACUCAGUGGAUGUUGCAUCUACUGGGAUGGUAAAAGUGCAGUUAUUAAGCAAUGUUAUUAUUUUUAUUUGCACGUGGAACUUUGCCAGAGAAAAUACCUGCUCAGAUGCAGAAAUGAGUAUGUCAUUGAACACUGACCUGCAUUGGAGAUACAUUGAGUUCCGAAGUAUAGAGAUAAACAACCGAAACACGUUAAGACACUUCGAAAUAAUGUUUCUCAGUCUUGCUGGUUUGGAUUCUGAAAAGCUGAUUAACAUCUGCCAUGAAGCAAGUUACUGGGAAUUGAUGAAAUUUCCAGUUCCAUCUCAUAUAACAAAGAUAUAUAACAAGUGGCAUGAUUUGAAGAUACUAUAUGAAAGCAUAGUAACAAUUGCUCAGGGCUUCAACAAGAUAGUAACAUCUUUAUCUGAUUCUGAGCGGUUACUCUUCAGAGAAUCAAUAAAGGCUUGCAAUAAGAAGAUUAAACCAGGACUUACAUCUUUAAAGUGGAACAGUGACGUGUCUGAUAUGUAUAUUUCAGAAUGUCUUACAUGUAUAACAGAGCUUCAAGACUUUGUCGAUGAUUUUAAGAAAUCAAAUCUGGAAAUUGUAAGGAUCUGUGAAAAAGUUUGUGAUUCCCCACUAAUAUUAAUUGAGCCAAUGAGGUCUUUUGAAUUACCAGAACUGAAAGAUCAUUUGAAUCAUUACAGAGGGUAUGGGUAUGCUCUGGUGGAGGUUGGUGGUUUGGGGUUCAUAGUACAACUCAAACCCACAUCAGGUGCUGCUGGAAGGUGUACCUUGACCCAUGGACCAUGGCAGCAAUGCUUUGCAGUAGGACUCGGGCCACUGUUGUGCUUAGCUUAUGCUGUGUCCUGCAUGGCCAAUGAAAGUGAUGGGCUGAUGGCGACUUGUGCUGGCAAGGGCCCAAGUGGCUGGAUGUUACAGAAGGCAUAUAUACCACUUGCCAAAGUGUCACUGGUUACAGUAACUGUCCAAGCACUGACCAACCAGCAGAUGGCAAUGCCCAGUGAACACUGUGACACAGUGCUGUGUCAGAGUAUUGCUUACCAACGCCAGUCAUCUGGUAUUCCUGUUACCACAAUAUGUCCUACAAAUCUACUGUAUCAAACCCAUUAUCCACCCAUUAUCCAUUCAGAAGGCCUCCAGAGUUCUCUCGUUAUCUUUUUUGCGAGUUCCUUUUGUCCAUUAUUUGGCUUUGAAGGAAUUCUCAAAGUCAGUACAACGCAUAAAUUCCCACAAAUUCAUCAUAACCUAUUGGCCACUGUGACUUCUAAAUGUCUUUAUGACAUGCUUCUCUUUAUUGUAAUGACCAGGUACUCUGUUCCAGUGGCCACUGGAUCCCCUUCAUCCUCCAUCUUAAUAACUAGUUCCUUUAUUCUAUUGACUUUCAAUCUGUUUCAUAUUGCUGUAAAAACUAUCAUUACUACCAUAGAAACUGAUACUCCUCAACUAUUAAUAUACAUUUUUACUACCAAAAACCGUAUUGGUCACACUUUACUACUUAAAAUUCACUAUCACACUAAGAUUGUUUCUGCAUGUGAUAAAAUUGAAGCUGCAAUGUUUUAUGCAAGGAUACUGGAGACUAAGGUAUUGAACACCCACGAAUAUAAAUGUGUCCACCUUAUAUUGCUGGGUGGCUCGUCAUUAACUGUGCAUGACUUACCGGUGAUUCAGCUUUUUUAUGAUUACAUCACUCGCCUGAAUGAGGGUUGUGGACAGGCUUGUCUUCUGUUCAUAUUUUAUGGAGAAAGGUUGCCUACACAGCCUUUUUCAUCUCAUAUAGACAACAGUUUCUUCAACAGCUCUGCAUCCUCUGUUGUACCAAAAAUAUCACAUGCACAAUUUAAACAGGAAUCACAACUGUUAUGCCAGUCCUACCAACUUAUGCAGCAAUUCUGUUUGCUUCUUGCCAUCACAUCAUUUGGCUGCAGAAUACGUGUUACCAUGGAUGGUGUAAUUCAAGUUAUCAGCAGUUAUUAUCAAGAAAUAAUGCAGUAUCUAAAGAUUGUGUAUGAGGGAUUUGGUGAGCACAUUGAAAUGGUGAGGCAUGUUACGUUGCAGAGAUGUGUUACAGUCAAUGAACAUAAACAAGACAGCAAGAAAAUAUUUGUAUAUCCAAUACAUUAUUAUACGAGUAUAAGGACAAGCAAUUAUAUGUAUGUUACUAUAUCAGCUAGGCACCGUGUCUAUCAUGAACCAAAUGGAAUUCUUAUUUUUUAUGUUGUCAACAUAAUUAUGGAGGCUCAGUGGUCCAAUUAUGUUCUGCGUAUGGAUUCAAUGUUUGAGGAGGCUUUGCAACUCUGUAUUAAAAACUCUCUUGGAGUUAUGUAUGUUAUACUUCAUGGAGAUGGUACUAUUGGUCCACAGCCGUUGAUUAAAGUAGACGCAAUUUUGAUGGACAAAAAGAUUACCUUUGAUCCUUCGGUUAACAGUAUAUCUCGUUUGUUUAAAAAUGUCUUGAGAAGUUUGGUGGACAGCUUGGCAUGUUUUCUACGCUUAUAUGAGAAAUGGAAUAUUACCUGCCAAGACAAACUUCCAUAUCAUGUUGUUAUACAGCAGAAUGAAGAGUGUUUGAAACUUCAAGCACAACUGAAUCAAGAGGUUGAGACCAACAUAAACCAUCUCUAUGAAUACGUGAAUCAUUGGAAUGUUUAUAAAUCAGUGUGGUCUCUUGACAAAGAUUUGUUUAUAAGUCAUUAUGAAAAUGACAAACGCUCAGCAGAGGCAUUUGACGCUGACAUUAGCAGGUACACAGAAAUUGCUAACAAUGUACAAAUGGAAGAUACAAUUUCAUUUGUUUACUUCUCUGAAGUUAAUGCAGCUGCAGUAAAGAAAUCUAUCAUUAUGCACUGUGUGGAAUGGCAGAAGAAACUGACGGAAUUGUUGUGCCGUACAACGAAUGAUAUGAUUUUAGAUUUCUACAAGUAUAUGGAGGAUUAUUCAAGAAAUUAUUUAUAUUUUGUUACUGAGAAUGUUAUUGAUUAUGUGGACUUCAUCUCCGAUAUGUAUCAGCUGCACACCUUUUACUCCGAUAUUGUAUGCAGUGUAGAUAAGGAGCUGAUUGUUAUGGGUGCAUCAUACAUAACGUUACAAGUAAGAUUAAUGCAUGAGCCACAAGACUUAGAUGAGCUUGAUAAUGCAAUGAGGCUGCAUGCACGUCUUACUGAAGAAGUACAAAGCAAAGAGAAAGAAUUUCCGGUUAUUAACACAAGAUUUCAAAUCCUGGGUAAGUGUGAUUGUAUGCCAUCAAAUUUUUGUAAUCUGAUAUUAUAUGAGUUGAAUGUUGAACUUUCCUUAACAUGUGUUGUGUCUCAAAUUAUUACUUUAGAUACAUAUAAUUCUUGCUACAUCAAUCAAGUUCAUUAUAAAAUUCUGUCCUUAAGUGCAGCAAAGAAGUCAACUACAAAGUACCUCCCUCCAGCUGAAAAAGAUUUUAUACAACGCCAUGAAGCUGAUAUCCCUUUAGAAAUGAACAAUGGUAUUAAAUUUCUACCAAGUGCAUGGGAGCAGUAUUGUGAGCUGUUGUAUGGUGAAGCUACUGAUUUAGUGGAGAGAAAUAAGGAGAGAUUUCGUUCUAAUCUUCUGGAUACUGCACAGACUUUCCAGAAAAAUGCAACUCAACUUCUUGAUACUUUUUUGACAACUGGACCAUUUACUUCAGCUUGUAAUGCAAAAGAUGCUCUUGCUUUACUCCGUACCAUAAGAGAAGGUUUAGAAAAUCUUCGUGCAACUGAAACACAAUUAAAAACUGACCUGGGAAUGUUUAAAAUUUCACUAUUGGACACACCAGAACUGGCAACACUGGAAAAGGAAUUAGCAGCAAUAGAGGUUGUUUGGGAAUUGACAAACCAAUGGGAUGAAGCAUGGGAGUCUUACAAAUCAGGUUCAUUUUGGACUAUUGAAGCAGAAGAGAUGGAAAAUACGGCACAAACAUUAUUUCGGAAGCUUACAAGGCUGUCCAGGGAGUUGCGGGAUAAAAACUGGGAGAUUGUGGAGAAUACUAGACAGAGAGUUGAUGCAUUUCGCCGAACUUUGCCUCUGUUGUCAGAUCUCAAGAAUCCAGCUAUGAGAAAAAGACAUUGGGAUAGUGUCAAGAGAAUAAUGGGAGUUGAUUUCGAUCAGGAUUCACCAGAUUUCACACUUGAUGUGAUAAUGGAAUUGAAAUUUCAGAACUAUGCAGAGCAUAUAAACGAAAUUUCAAAUGCAGCUGCAAUGGAAUUAUCAAUUGAAACUGGCCUGAAACAAAUAACUGAGAUAUGGAGGACUAUGGAAUUGGAUAUGGUACCUCACAAAGACAAAGGAGUUUUCAGACUGAAGAGUAUUGAUGAAGUUGGUCAGGCACUAGAGGAGAAUCAGGUCGCAUUAUCAGCAAUGAAAUCAACUAGAUUUGUGGAGGCAUUUGCAAAAGAAGUGGAUUAUUGGGAACGUACACUUUCCUUAAUCAUGGAGACUUUGGAACUAGUUUUGCUUGUUCAAAGGCAGUGGCUUUAUUUGGAAAACAUAUUUUCUGGUGAAGAUAUAAGAAAGCAGCUUCCAAAGGAGACAGAUGAAUAUGAUAAAGCAACUAAUAUAUGGAAAGACCUCAUGUUCAAGAUGUAUAAAGAAAAGAAUGCAUUGCGUGCAACAACAGAGAAGGGUGUUUGGGACAAAUUAACUGAUUUGAACACCAGACUGGAGGCUAUCCAGCGAGCACUGGAAAAAUAUUUAGAGACAAAGCGACAUAUUUUCCCACGAUUUUACUUUAUUUCUAAUGAUGAUUUGUUAGAAAUAUUAGCACAAGCAAGACGACCAGAAGCCAUUCAACCACAUUUAAAAAAAUGUUUUGACAAUAUCAAUAAAAUUAAAAUACAGAAGUUGAGUGUGGCAAGUAAAUAUGAAGCUCUUGGAAUGUUUUCUGCUGAUGGUGAAUAUGUUGAGUUUACCCAAAUUUUGGUGCUGGAUGGACCAGUUGAACUCUGGCUGUGUGAACUUGAAAGGACUAUGCGUUGCACUUUAAGAAUUCAGUUGAAAAACUGCAGAGCUUCACUCAGAAAAAAUUUGACAAAAAGAGAUGUUUGGAUAAAAGAUUGGCCAGGUCAAAUGUGUAUUACUUCCAGUCAGAUCCAGUGGACUACAGACUGUACACGCACAUUAAUGUAUUGUAAAGUUCUGGAAACAAGAAGCCCAUUGAAGAAGCUCAGACGAAAGCAGAAUCAAGUUUUGGGCAAAUUCUCAGAUGCUAUCAGGGGCAGCCUUACAAAAAUACAAAGACUCAAAGUAGUAGCUUUGGUUACUAUUGAAAUUCAUGCAAGAGAUGUGAUUGACAAAAUGUACAGAUCCAAUUGCAUGGAUGUAACAGCAUUUGAAUGGUUGUCCCAGCUACGGUUUUAUUGGGACCGUGAAAUUGAUGAUUGUGUUAUACGUCAAACUAACACAUAUUUUAACUAUGGAUAUGAGUAUCUGGGAAAUUCUGGCAGACUUGUGAUAACACCACUCACAGACAGGUGCUACAUCACAUUAACUACAGCAUUACAUCUUCAUCGUGGUGGAAGUCCAAAGGGGCCUGCUGGCACAGGAAAAACAGAGACUGUGAAGGAUUUGGGAAAAGGUCUGGGCAGUUAUGUCAUUGUUGUGAAUUGUUCAGAAGGCUUGGACUAUAGGAGUAUGGGACGCAUGUUCUCUGGACUUGCACAGACUGGUGCAUGGGGUUGUUUUGACGAAUUUAAUCGCAUCAACAUUGAGGUUUUGUCUGUGGUUGCACAACAGAUUUUGUCUAUCCUCUCAUCAUUGUCACAAGGGGCCAAAAGAUUUGUCUUUGAAGGGUGUGACAUCAGCCUUGUUAAAACAUGUGGCAUAUUCAUCACUAUGAAUCCAGGCUAUGCUGGUCGCACAGAACUGCCUGACAACUUGAAAUCAAUGUUUCGCCCCAUAUCAAUGAUUGUACCUGAUAGUGCAAUGAUUGCUGAAAUAAUAUUAUUUGGUGAAGGAUUUAGAGAAACAAGAAUUCUUGCAAAAAAGGUUUACACAUUAUACUCCCUAGCAAUGCAACAAUUGAGUAAACAAGACCAUUAUGAUUUUGGACUUCGAAGCAUGGUUGCUUUGCUCAGAUAUGCCGGCCGUAAAAGAAGAGGUUUUCCAGAUCUUCCAGAUGAAGAAGUAGUAUUAUUGGCCAUGAAGGAUAUGAAUAAUGCCAAACUUACUUCAGAUGAUCUCCCAUUAUUCAACGGAAUUACGUCUGAUUUGUUUCCACAAGUGGAAGUCCCUGUUUUAGAAUAUGAUGAACUUACAGCUGCAAUAAAGGCUGAAUUAAAGGCAGAAGGUCUACAGGUACAUGAUGUGUUUAUUGUGAAAGUAAUACAAUUGUAUGAGACAAAGAACUCACGGCAUUCAACAAUGAUAGUAGGUAAAACUGGUGCAGGUAAAUCAGCAACAUGGCGCAUACUCCAAGCAUCACUGAGUCGCUUACGAAAAGAAGAAAAACCAGGAUAUAAUCUGGUUAAGACAUUUCCUAUCAACCCCAAAGCUUUGACUUUGGGUGAACUUUAUGGUGAAUUUAACCUUGCAACAAAUGAGUGGUUAGAUGGUGUUCUGUCUUCCAUCAUGCGUAUCACCUGUUCAGAUGAAUCACCUGAUGAAAAAUGGAUAGUCUUUGAUGGACCAGUGGAUGCCGUCUGGAUUGAGAAUAUGAAUAGUGUGAUGGACGACAAUAAGGUUCUGACAUUGAUUAAUAGUGAGAGGAUUACAAUGCCAGAGCAGGUUUCUUUAUUAUUUGAAGUAGAGGAUUUGGCUGUUGCAUCACCUGCAACUGUAUCACGAUGUGGAAUGGUCUACAAUGAUUAUAAAGACCUUGGUUGGUGGCCAUAUGUUAAUUCAUGGCUUCAAAAGCAGCCUUCUGAAGACUAUCAGAAUGAGAUGCGAAGCUAUUUUGAAAGAUAUGGAACUUUGAUAUUGGAUUACAAGCGACUAAACUGUGUUGAAACAGUUCCUAUUUCUGACUUCAACGCUAUGACUUCUUUAUGUAAGCUUCUUGAAUGUUUAGCCACAAAAGAAAAUGGAAUUAAUCCAGCAGAUGAAGACAACUUUCCACUGAUGGUCAAACUGUGGUUUCUGUUUUGCAUGAUAUGGUCUCUCUGUGCUUCAGUGGAUGAAGAGGGUCGUAAAAAACUUGACACUCUUAUUCGUGGUAUGGAAGGAUGCUUUCCCUUGAAGGAUACUAUUUAUGAAUAUUAUGUGGAUGUAAGAUCUCGCAACUUUGCCUGCUGGGAAGUUAUGCUCACAGGAAAUUGGAAAUUUGAUAAAGAAUUACCAUUCUUCAAGAUCAUUGUUCCAACAGUUGAUACUGUACGUUAUCAGUUUCUUGUUUCAGUACUCCUUUCAAACAGUUAUCCUGGACUCCUUGUUGGACCUGUAGGAACAGGAAAAACAUCUACUGCACAAACUGUCCUUGAUUCAUUGGAUCGUUUGAAAUUUUCCUUGCUUGUACUGAACAUGUCAGCACAGACAACAUCUCAAAAUGUGCAAGAUACCAUUGAGGGCCGAGUGGAAAAAAGGACAAAAGACAUCUAUGUACCUGUUGGAGGCAAAAUAAUGAUAACAUUUAUGGAUGACCUCAAUAUGCCUGCAAAAGAAGAGUAUGGCUCACAGCCUCCUCUUGAGCUAAUUCGUCAGUGGAUAGAUUAUGGGUUUUGGUAUGAUCGACAAAAACAAAAAAAGAAGUACAUCAAGGACAUGCAGCUAAUGGCAGCAAUGGGUCCUCCUGGUGGUGGUCGCAAUACUAUUUCUAACCGCUUGAUGAGUCGGUUUAAUCUUAUAAAUAUGACUUUCCCAAGCACACCUCAAAUCAUUCGAAUUUAUGGCUCCAUGCUGACCCAGCAGUUAUCUGAUUUUGAUGAAGAGCCGAAAUACAUUGCUCAUGAAAUAACACUUGCAACAAUUGACCUGUACAAUGCAGUUUGCUCCAAAAUGUUGCCAACACCAACAAAAAUUCACUAUCUUUUCAACUUGCGAGAUAUAUCAAAGGUUUUUCAAGGUCUAUUGAGAAGUCACCGUGAAUACCAUUAUACAAAAAAUAGGAUGCUGAGACUAUGGGUCCAUGAAUGUUACAGAGUAUUUAAUGACAGACUUGUUGAUGAGAAAGAUAUUGAAUGGUUUUUUAACCAAAUGAAUGAUCAGCUGGGAAAACAUUUUGAUUUAACAUUUUCAAGUGUAUGUCCUGAGAAAGAGUCUCCCAUCUUUGCUGACUUCAUUAGUAGCUAUGGAUUCUAUGAAGACAUAACAGAUCUGGCUGCACUGAGGAGACAUUUGGAAGGCCAAAUAGAAGAAUAUAAUGUCACCCCUGGAGUUGCCCGUGUGGAUCUUGUCUUAUUCAAAUUUGCCAUACAGCACAUUUGUCGCAUAGUCCGUGUGAUCUCUCAGCCAAGAGGAAAUGUGUUGUUAGUAGGCAUAGGUGGCAGUGGAAGACAGUCUUUAUCUCGUGUUGCAGCAUACAUAUGUGAAUAUCAAACAUUUCAAAUUGAAGUUACAAAACAAUACCGAGUCCAGGAAUUUCGUGAAGACUUAAAAACAUUAUACACAGUCACAGGAGUUGAAAAUAAAGCUACUACAUUUCUAUUUAAUGAUACACAGAUUGCAGAUGAAGCCUUUGUUGAAGUAAUUAAUAAUGUCUUAAGUAGUGGAGAAGUACCAAAUCUAUUCAAGGCAGAGGAGUUCGAUGAAAUACGAAACAAGCUCUCAGCGACGGCAGCAAAAGAAGGGGUUUCUCCAACAACAGAAGCAAUGUACAAUUAUCUUAUAGCGAGAACUCGUGCCAAUUUACAUAUUGUUUUAUGCCUCAGUCCAAUUGGUGAUGCAUUCAGAAACAGACUGCGUCAGUAUCCAGCUUUAAUAAACUGUACAACCAUUGAUUGGUUCUUGGAAUGGCCUCAAGAAGCCCUGCUUGAAGUUGCUAGCAAGUAUCUUGGUACAGUUAACUUCUUGGAAAAUAUAAAAACAAUGGGGUCAGAGGAACAAGUGAAAAUGGAUAAGGACAUGUUGGAGGAGCAGGAAAGACUGAGAGAUGCUGUAGCAAGGAUAUUUGCUACAAUCCAUGAUUCUGUUUCCAAGUGGUCUAAAAAAAUGCUGAUUGAAAUGAAGAGGCACAAUUAUGUCACACCAACAAAUUAUUUGGAACUUGUUGCUGGAUAUAUUUCUAUGUUGCAUGAAAAACGCUGGGAAACAGCAAAUGCUGCAAAUAAACUGAGGAAUGGUUUGUUUAAAAUUGAUGAUACUCGUGAAAAAGUGCAGUUAAUGUCUGUUGAACUGGAAGAGUCACAAGUAAAGGUGGUAGAGUUCCAGCAACAGUGUGAUGAAUACCUUGUAACGAUUAUGACACAAAAAAGAGAGGCAGAUGAACAACAGAAGUCGGUAGCUGCAAAGAGCUUAAGAAUUGGUGAAGAGGAAACAGCCUGCAAAAAGCUUGCUGAUGUUGCCCAAGCAGAUUUGAACCAGGCAAUGCCUGCUCUAGAAGAAGCCAUGAGGGCCUUAGAUGCCUUGAAUAAGAGAGACUUAACAGAAGUAAAAUCUUAUGGACGGCCCCCAGCACGAGUGGAAAUGGUGAUGGAAGCUGUGAUGAUACUGAAGCAGGUGGAGCCGACUUGGGCUGAAGCUAAACGUCAGCUUGGUGAUGCAAAUUUUUUGAACCAGCUUAAAGAUUUUGACAAGGACAACAUAUCAGAUAAAACUUUGAAAAAAAUUGCGGAAUACACCAGAAAUGAUGAAUUUGAGCCAGAGAAAGUUGGCAUUGUCUCAUUUGCAGCAAAAUCACUUUGUCUCUGGGUGAUUGCGAUUGAGAAAUAUGGAAAGAUUUACAGGAUUGUGGCACCAAAAAAGGCUAAGUUAGAAGAAGCAAUGAAAACUCUCCAGGAAAAACAAGAUGAGUUGCAAGCUGCUGAAAACAAAUUGCGGAAGAUUUCUGAACAUCUUGAAAAGCUUCGAUUGGAAUAUGAAGAUAAAAUGAAGCAGAAGGAAGAGCUUCGACAGAAAUCAGAAGAUUUGCAACAAAAGCUGGAAAGAGCUACAAUGCUUGUAGAAGGUCUUGCUGGUGAAAAGGUCCGAUGGGAACAAACUGUGAAACUUCUGGAUGGAGAGUUUAAUUGUUUGCCAGGAAAUGUUCUAAUUGCUACAGCUUUUGUUUCAUAUUUGGGACCUUUUGUGUCACAAUAUCGUGAUCAGUUAAUCACUAUGUGGAAGAAAGCUGUUGUGAAAGACGAGAUACCAGUGUCAAAUGUCUUUAACAUUACAACUUUCCUUGCUGAUCCAACAAUGAUUCGAGAAUGGAACAUUCAAGGGCUUCCAUCAGAUGAAUUUAGUACAGAGAAUGGAAUUAUUGUCACCAGGGCAACAAGGUGGCCACUUCUAAUAGAUCCACAGUGCCAGGGCAUGAAGUGGAUCAAGAAUAUGGAAGGAAAAAAUGAUUUAAAAGUCAUAGAUUUUGGGCAAGCAGAUUUCAUGAAAACUCUGGAGCAAGCAAUGCAGUUUGGAAAACCUGUGUUACUACAGAAUGUACUAGAGGUUCUGGACCCAUCACUGCAGCCUAUUCUUAACAAAGCUAUUAUCAUCCAAGGUGGUCAGAUGCUAAUAAAAUUAUUUGACAGAUUGGUGCAGUUCAGCCCAGAAUUUAGAUUUUUUAUAACAACAAAACUGGGAAAUCCACAUUUUGCUCCAGAAAUUUCAACAAAAACUACACCUGUAAAUUUUGCAGUCAAGGAAGUUGGACUUGAGGCACAGCUUCUUGGAAUUGUGGUCCGGAAAGAGAAGCCAAAGCUAGAAGAACAAAAAGACAAUCUAGUGCUGAAUAUUGCAGCUGGUCGACGUACUCUAAAGGAUUUGGAGGAUGAACUGUUGAGACUACUUUAUGAGACAAAAGGCUCACUACUUGAUGAUUUGCAAUUACUUAUAACACUACAAACUUCACAGGCAACCUCUGUUUCUGUAAAUGAACAACUCAAAGUAGCAGAAACAACAGAAACUGAAAUUGAUUCAGCACGUGAGGGAUAUCGUCCCUGUGCAAGAAGAGCUUCUAUACUUUUCUUUGUGUUGAAUGACAUGAGCCAAAUUGAUCCAAUGUAUCAGUUCUCUUUGGAUGCCUACACUUCUUUAUUUACAAUGUCCAUAGAGAAAAGCAAAAAAAGUGAAGAUUUGGAGCAGAGAAUAUCUUUCCUCAAUGAUUACCACACCUAUGCUGUCUACAGGAACACAUGUCGAGGUCUGUUUGAACGACACAAAUUACUUUUCUCUUUUCAUAUGUGUAUGAAGAUACUUGAAGCAAUGGGGAAAGUUAAUUCAUCAGAAUACAAUUUUCUUCUUAGAGGGGGUGUUGUUUUGGAUAGGGAUGAACAGCUGGAUAACCCCUGCCCUGGAUGGCUGUCAGAUCAAGCCUGGGAUAAUAUCACUGAACUAGAUAAAUUAGGAGGAUUUCACGGUGUUGCUGAUUCCUUUGAGCAAUAUCCAAAAGACUGGCAAGUUUGGUACACACAAAAGGAACCAGAAGACCAACCUCUGAUAGGUGAUUGGGAAGGUGUCUGUACAAAAUUUCAGCGAAUGCUAUUCGUGCGUUCUUUAAGACCAGAUCGCAUGUCAUUUUGUGUGUCAGCAUUUGUAGUGAACACCCUGGGUCAGCGGUUCGUGGAGCCACCUGUGCUUGAUAUAAAAUCUGUUCUCGCUGACUCAACGCCAAUGACACCUCUUAUAUUUGUGCUGUCACCAGGUGUUGAUCCCACAGGAUCUCUUAUACAAUUGGCAGAGUCAACAGGAAUGUCUGCACGUUUUCAGAGUUUGUCACUUGGCCAAGGCCAAGCUCCAAUAGCUACAAGGUUAAUCAAAGUUGGUGCGAGAGAAGGACACUGGGUUUUUCUUGCCAACUGUCACCUUUCACUGAGCUGGAUGCCAAAGCUUGACAAAAUUAUUGAAUUGCUACAAACAGGAAAGGCUCAUGAAGAUUUCAGAUUAUGGCUCAGUUCCAGUCCUCAUCCAGAUUUUCCAAUCUCUAUUCUUCAAGCUGGUAUAAAAAUGACAACAGAACCUCCAAAGGGGCUGAAGGCAAACUUGAAACGACUUUACCAGCUCAUUACCCCUACACAGUUUUCUAUUUGCAAGAAUCAAACAAAGUAUCGUCGACUGCUCUUUUCUCUCUGUUUUUUCCAUUCAAUUUUGUUGGAAAGGAAAAAGUUCCAACAACUAGGUUGGAAUGUUGUCUAUAGUUUUAAUGACUCAGAUUUUGAGGUUUCUGAAAAUCUGUUACAAAUAUACCUGGAUGAGUAUCCUGAGACUCCUUGGGAUGCACUAAAGUAUCUCAUUGCUGGAGUUAAUUACGGUGGUCAUGUGACUGACGACUGGGAUCGUCGUCUGCUAACUACAUACAUUAACAGAUAUUUUAAUGAGGAUGUUCUUACCAAUGAUUUAUACAGGCUUUCUUCCCUGCCAACCUAUGUAAUACCAAGAGAUGGCUCUCUCCAGUCCUACCAAGAUUAUAUAGCACUACUUCCAAAUGUCGACCAACCAGAGGCAUUCGGUCAGCACUCAAAUGCAGAUAUCACAUCUCUGAUUUCUGAGACAAGAAGUAUGUUUGAAACACUUAUGUCAAUGCAGGUGCAAGUAGCUGCUGGAGAAGGAGAAAGCAAGGAAGAAAAGGUUUUACAACUUGCUGCAGAUGUACUGUCAAAGGUGCCAAAUCCAAUUGACUAUGAAGCCACAGACAAACUCAUUGGUGCAGAAAAAACUCCACUGGAUGUAGUUCUUUUACAAGAAAUAUCAAGAUAUAAUGUGCUAUUGGUUUCAAUCCGACAAUCUCUUGAGGAUUUACAGAAAGGCAUUCAGGGUUUAGUGGUAAUGUCAGCUACUCUUGAGGAUAUUUUUGUCUGUAUUUAUGAAGGCAGAGUUCCUACUGAAUGGUUAAAAGCUUACCCAUCCUUGAAGCUGCUGGGUUCAUGGUCACGGGAUUUGGUUCUCAGAGUGGAACAUUUUGCGCAGUGGGCAGAAACUACACAUCCACCUGUCCUGUUCUGGUUGGCAGCUUACACUUUUCCCACAGGAUUCCUGACAGCAGUGUUGCAGACUUCUGCUCGCCGUUCAAAUAUUUCUAUUGAUUCCUUAUCAUGGGAUUUCACAAUAUUUGCCCCGGAUGAACGUUCAGGCCUCCAGCCACCUGCUGAUGGUGUAUAUGUUAGAAGUGUGUACUUAGAAGGUGCCGGGUGGGACUGGAGAAAGAUGUGCCUUAUAGAACCACAACCAAUGCAGCUUGUGUGCCCAAUGCCAGUUAUCCACUUCAAACCUAUGGAGCAUCUGAAGAAGAAAAGCAGAGGUAUCUAUGUCUGUCCUUGCUAUUAUUAUCCAAUCCGAUGUGGUGGAGGUGGUCGUGAAUCUUUCGUUGUAGCAGUUGAUCUCAAAAGUGGCACAGAAAAUGCUGAUCAUUGGAUCAAAAGAGGCACUGCUUUACUUCUCAGCCUUGCCAAUUAGGUGAACUCUUUGGACACCUCAUUCCAUGCCUCAAGGUUUUUGUUCAAUCUGAGCACUUGAUGAUAUGUUCCAGAAUUACUUUAUAAGCCCAUGAAUGUAUAUAAAAUAUUAAGUAAGUUGUAACUGUAGUGAUAAGUGCAGACAUAUCUAUUUAGUAUUCUUCUGAUAC